AUGACCGUUUGUCGUGAACGAGUGUACGAAACGGACGAGCGUGCGAAAAUAAUAAAUAUUGCGAUUUUGUGUAUUUUACACCAAUUUCUUUUUUCACCGUUGAUUGUUUAGUUUACGUGCGCGGCUACGUAAAACGCAUUUAUUCGUUUUCGAGACUAAAGGUAUCUUAAAACCGAUUUAAUGAGAUGGAGAAUACAUUGGAUUCAAUCCGUCCAUCGGAAAAUCCAGAAGAAAUGUCAUACCUGUUUGGCAGAGAUCCAAGUAUUUUAGCAUAUAGUCAGAGGCCAUUUCCAUCAAAGGAUACAAGAAAGAAUUUACUUUCAUUGUACGAAGUCGAACAAAGUAAUUCUGCCAGUGAAAAUGCAUCUGAACAUUCUGACUCGCAAACCUUACAAACCAUUAAGGUAUAUCUUCGACUUAAACCAAUUCCAAAAAAAUUGAAAUUAACUGAGGAACAACAAGAGGCAUAUAAGAUCAUAAACUCUACUACGUUAGUUACAAAAUUGCCAUUGUUGGAUAAUAAUACAAGUUGUGUUAAGCAAUCCAAAAGUAAUGAGAUUGUAUGCAGAAAAUUUACCUUUUCACAAACAUUUGGGCCAGAAACCACUCAAUUGGAAUUAUUUGAGCAAACGGUACAGCAGCAGAUGGUUGAUUUUUUAGCUGGACAUAAUUGUACUAUAAUGACAUAUGGCACCACAAAUUCGGGAAAAUCAUAUACAUUGCAAGGAACCACUACUUCACCUGGAUUAAUACCACGUGCACUGGAAUUUGUAUUUAAUAAUAUUACAACAAGACCAAACCCAUCUUAUAAACCUUUGCAUUAUUGCGAUGUAGUGAAUCUUGAUGCACUUGAAUGUGCACAGGAACUUGAAGCAAAAACUAAAUUGCUAACAUUUAGUUUGGAUAAGCAUCAAUACAUGAAUGCUUACAAACAAAUGCAAAAAUUGUUGCAAGAAGAAUCAGUUCGUCCUAGUCAAUGCCAUGAUGCUCAUUAUUCGGUUUGGAUUUCAUUCGCAGAAAUUUAUAAUGAAGUUGUAUAUGAUUUAUUGUCAAGUGAAUGCCAGAAAAAGAGGAUGCCUUUAAAAUUGGGGACAGACUCUAAUGGCAGAGCAUUUAUCAAAGGAUUAAAAACUGUUUAUGUUAAUUCAGCAGCGGAAGCUUAUCAGAUUUUGAUGGCAGGGCAAUAUAAUUUGAAAAUUGCUGCUACUGCAUUAAAUGCAAAAAGUUCAAGAUCUCAUUGUAUAUUCACAAUUACAUUGUUGAAAUAUUAUGUGGAAAGUUUAUCUGACACAGUUGAAGUGAGCACAUUUACCUUUUGCGAUUUGGCGGGCUCGGAACGUUUGAAGAAGACAUUGAACAUUGGAGACAGAUUGAGAGAAGCGCAAAAUAUUAAUACUAGUUUAUUAGUAUUAGGUAGAUGUCUAAAAUCCAUUCGCGAAGGACAAUCAACAAGAAUGAAAACGGACGCUAUCGGACCGUUCAGAGAAUCUAAAUUAACUAGAUUAUUCCAACGAGCAUUAUCAGGGAAGGAGCAUCUAGCUUUGAUAGUUAAUGUCAAUCCUCUACCAAAUCUCUAUGUAGAAACUCAAAAUGUUUUAAAUUUCGCUGCUAUUGCGAAAAAUAUUAUUAUAGAAAAAAAGAUGCAAGUACAAAAGAAAUUAAAAUCGAGAUUUUCACAAAUAAUUACACAGAAUAAACAAAAAGUAAUUGAUUGGGAUUCUGCAGAAUUGGAAAGUGUAGACUGGCAGCAUACAGAUUGUGCAGAAGAGAUAAUUUCGGAAUGUACUACUUCAGAAGAAUAUCUGGAUCUGAUGAACGAAAACGAAAAAUUAAAAAAGGAAAUUGCUGCUUUAAAAAAUUCAGCUUUAAUCCGAGAUUUUCAAAGUCGACAAGAAAUGGCUGACAAGUACAUUGCGAUGAUAAACGCACUUGAAGUCGAUUGGAAACAACGUAUAAACGACGUGGAAACUCAACACGAAGAUGCUCUUGAAUGGGCUGUGAAACAAGUUGAAGAAUUUUACAAAGGAAAGCUAAAUAAAUCGCAUAGAGAUAAAAGGAGCCGUUGCGAAUAUAAUGAUGAAGAUAAUGAUCUUGAUUUAACUCUUGAAGAAUUAGGUGAAGAGAAUGUACAACUGAGAGAAAAGAAUGAAAGUUUGAAGAAGAUGUUAACUGAACUAAAAGUAACAAAUGAAACUUUAAUUGUGGAAAAGAAUAAAACUUGUUUUGAAUUGGGAUUGAUAAGCGAGGAUUUAAAAGUAGCGAAAGAUCUUUUAGAAGCUGCUCAGAAAGAUAUUUCUUGUAAUUUAGAAGGUAAAGCUUAUAUAGAGAAAAUGGCAUCACAAUUGCUCACUAAAGACAACCAGAUAAAGAAACUCAAAGAAUUUCUCAAUGAAGCAAAAGAAGAAUAUAUUACUAUUACAAAUGAUAUAAAGAAAAAAGAACAAUGUAUUGAUAAGCAAGCAGAGAUUAUAGUUAAAAAUGAAGACAAAAUUGAAGAUUUAGAGUCACAUCUUGAACAAGUCAACAUUUGUUUAACAGAAAAAACCAGAAUAGUUGAGCUUCUAGAAGAAAGAUUAGAAAGCCAAAGUGAGAAAUUAUCCGAUGCUGAGAAUAAAACAUUACAACUGCAAGAAGAAAUUAAUCAGUUAAAGGAGGAAAAAUUAAAGUUAUUUAAAUCUUAUUUAGAGCAAUCGAAACCAUCAGAGACAUCUAUUCAAGAUGAAUAUCAAGAGAUUAUUGUAAAAGAAGAAAUGAUUAUUGACGAUGUAUCAGAUUUGGAUAAUAUCACAGAAAAUAUUCAGGAAAAAACAAACGCAAAAGCAUCUGUUAAUAAAACUGAAAAAAUUGAUUCAAAUGAUACAAAUUCUAUAGAAAAAACAUCUUCUAAAGUGCCACAAACUUUGCUAUCCAAUAUUACAUGUAGUAAGCCUAUACGAACAUUUGUGGAAACAGAUUGUCAGACAGAUAUAACAAACUGGAAGAGCUCCGAUAUUGAAGAUAAGGUGGAAAAAGACACUCAGACUACUGCAACAAUAAUAACAAUGGAAGAUAUUCAAACUAAUUGUAACAAAGUACCUUUGUUAAUAGAAGAAGCAGUCCAGACUGUCGAAAUUGUGGAUGAUAAUGCAAAAUUGCAAUUGAAAGAAUUGAGUAUACAGUACAAUGACAUUAAAGCACAAUACGAACAGGAAUGUUUAAAAGUAAAAAAACUGACCGACGAUCUAUACGAUAUAAAGAAGACAGUGCAGUUUUUAAAAGAAGAAGAUUACUCAAAUAAAGCUAUUAUAGAUAAAUAUAUACAUUCCAAGGAAGUGCUUGAAAAACAAUUGUUACUUGCUACAGAAGAAAAACAGACAGUAGAAGAAACCUUGCUGAGGUCUAACAAGGCUUUAGAACAAAAGAUUAUAGAUUACAAACAUGAAAUUGAUAAAUUGGAAAAGAAUCUUUCAGCUGCAAAAAAUAAUGUUCAAGAAUAUUUGGAGAAACUGGAAGCAACUCGGAAAGAAUUUGAUAACUAUAUAUUAAAAUGUAAACAGAAAAAAGAGAUAAACGUUUGUAAACAAAACGAAACUGUUUCAGUAAAAGAAGACAAUGAUAUAGAUAAAGUAAAUUUAAAACAAUUAGAUAAACAUGCAGAGAACGUAUUGCAAUUGGAAAAAAAUCUAGAAACUAUAGUCAAGUUAAAGGAUGAGAUUGUUCAGUUAAAUAAUAACUUGGAAAUGUGUCAAAAGGAGAAAGAAUGUACACAAAAGGCACUGGAUGAGAAUAAUAAGACACUAUUGGAAUUGGAAAAUCGAUUGGAGGAUAUAACUCUCAAGGAACAAGAAAAAGAUACAGAGAUCAUAACUUUACAAAAGGAAUUGAAGCACAUGAUACAAAGAAAUGAAAAUACCGAGAUGAUGGAAGUGGAGUUGAAAGGCACUAUAAACGAAUUAACCCAAAUGAAAGAAACGCUUUUACAAAAAGACCAAUAUGUCAAGGAAUUAAAUAUCCGUUUAGAGAAUUCUGAGAGAAAUGCAAAAAUAUUUAAUUUACUUGAGGACAAUGCCAAAGAACGGCAAGUAGAGAAUGAACGGUUGCGAAAUAUAAACGACGAACUAAGAAAUAAUUUAGCGCAAAAGGACUGCGAGAUGGAUGCUUUCAUGAAAAACAGAGACGAGACAGUGAUCAAAUAUGAAAUCUUGGUGAAGAACCAGCAGGAGGAAUUGGAGAGGCAGAAGAGGGAAGUGAUGAGGUACCAGGAAUUAUUCCGCAGGCAAUUGACACCUACGCCGAAUAAAGAUGAUUAUAAGAAAUUGCAAAAUCGUAUAGAGGUUCUGCAAGAUAAACUAAGAAAGUAUGAAACUCCUCCUGUUAAUGCGAAAGCGAAGGGUGACGACGAUACUACAUCGGAGGAUGAGGUCCCCAUUCAACGUCAACCCAAACGACGAGGGAGGAAAGUCGUUAAACAGGAGGAUAUCCCGGUUAUCGAAUUAUCUGGCUCUGAAUCGAAACGCAGCACGAGGCGCACCGCUUUGCCGCCUCCGGAAAUGUCAGUCGAGAGGACACGCUCUCGUAAGAAGAAAUUAUUCCACGAGAAUGAAUCGUUCACAGACAUCGAACCUUGUACUCCAUUACCGUCGUUUGGCGAAAAAAUAGCAUCGAUUAUGCAGAGGCCUGGACAGGACCCUGUUGCCAAGGAUGAUGCCCCUUGGUGGAUGAAGUACGCUGGUCGUGGACUCGGUACCGUAGGCAGUAUAAUUGCAAUCUUUCUCGGAGCUUGGAAUUGCGCAUCGAUACUCUUUGGUCAGAUCGACUGCUUAAUUGGCGGUAUGUUGCAAAUGAUAGCCGGUUUCCUAGUUGUAAUGAUUGAAGCGCCCUGCUGCUGCUUGUUCAUCGAUUUUGUACAGAAUUUAAGUGACUGGGUGGAGAAGAAACCAUAUUGGAAUAGAGCAGCUGGUUAUUGUUUAAUAGCAUUGCCAGCAGUCUUCCUAUGUCCAGGAAUGGGUAGUAUAUUUGGCAGCGGUUUGAUAUUUAUAACGGGUAUAAUAUAUGGAAUGAUGUCCCUGGGUAAAAAAGGGUCCAGGCCCGACCCAGCAGGAAUGACGUCGGGUGUGGGUUCCCCACAAGGUACAGUGCCUCCUACUACAGAUCACCAUACUACUCUCAUGGAGGAUCCUGACGUCUGGAGGCCUACAUAAAUCAUCAAAUAUUCAUUGCACCACUUCACUAACCAGGGCACCCUUUGGCGAAAUGAGAACAACAGCAAUGGAUAUUCAAGCUCCAGCGUCAAGCAUGCGGUCCACACUAGUUGAAAAUACUCAGCCGAUCGGUUUGAGCAGUACCCCAAGUAGUAUCGUUUGAUCAUUAGGAACUAAUUGGGUGAGCAAUCCAACGUUUUAAGUGAAUGAUUGUGAGUGAUAAUUAAUCAUCCAAGUAAAUAUCAGUAACUGAGCCCACGAACAUACUUUCAUUUCAUUUUAGCUAUAACAUUGAUACAUAUUGUAAUCCGGUAUUCCAAUAGUGAUUUCAUACAUUCAUUAUUCAUUGAAUCUUUAAGAUAAUAUCGAACAUAAAUUGUAUCAUGGAUGUACAGAUUCAAAUAUGUUAUAAUUUGAAAAGAUCCUGAAAAAAAUUUGUUUAAUCUUAAUGUCUAAUGGGCUUUCUCCGAUUUAAUCUUGCUUUAAGAGUUGGUCGAUUAACGAGAACACGUAUGUAUGCGUUUAUUAUAUCUUAUGUUUGUAUCAAAUGUGAGUAAAAUGGAAUGGGAUAUAUUACGAGAAUAUAGUAUGGAAGAAUUUGUUGCUUCAUUUAGAAUAAUGCCAAAGUCAAAGACUGUCAUAAAGGAUGAUGUUGUUCAUGGGCCUAGUUAUCCAUAGGCCCAUUUGUCCACUGUAUGUCAUAAGACGUUAACAAGCAAAACAAUAGAAAAUUGUAAAUGAUCAUGUAACUUGUUUUUAAUGUAAUGUAUAAAGUGCUUUGCUUUGGAGAGAGAUGAUUAUUUUGUUACAGAUUAUAGUUAAGCAAACACACUUACAGCAAAAACAUAAAAUCGAAUAAUACUUUCGUUAUUAUUUCGCAUUCAAAUUGUAAAACAGAUUGUUUUUAGAAUGUUAUAAGAGCAGAGAAGUCAUAAUAUAUUAGUUUUAUGAUCCUUUAUAUAUAUAUAUUAUAUAGAUAAGCUUCUCUCUGCCAAAUAAAUUAUAUAUGCAUCAAAUUUAAAUGUUUUAAGAUAGCAUUGUUACACAUUUAAACAGUUUUAUAAUUUUUAUUGGAUAAUUUAUAAAAAUUUACAUCUCAGAUUACUUUAAUUUUUAUGUCUUUAAAAUCAAGGUCUCUCAUAACUAAGGUUCUAUUUCGUGCAUAUAUAAUUAUUAUCCAAAAAUUACAACAUUUUGAAGGGACAUGUUUAGAACCUGAAAUAACUUCCAUAUGAUUCUCAUAGUGAGAUGUAAGUUUUUGUAAAUAAUUACUUAUUGUGUGCAUAGUGCUGUAAACUUAAUUAUUAUAUGACCAGCUGAUAAAACUGUGAAUGUGCAGGAUGAAUUAAUGCUUUAGUGCUUGUUUUAAUAGUUGUAAUUUAAGAAUUUGGUGAAUAAAAAAUACGAAUCCGUUUCGUCUUUUCUCGCCA